AUGUAUAAACCAACCAAGUUGGACUCUGUAAUGGAAGAUAACCAGACAAAAACUAGGAAAGAAGAUAACAUACGCUGCAGAGUCUUGAAUGGACUUAUUUAUAAAGCUGUGUCAGACAUGAUGACUACCUGUGAAGUUAGUCAAGAACUUUAUGAUCUCAAGCUGGAAAUCGGCAAGGUGUCCCUGGCAUCAAACUUUUCAGCAUGUCGGGUGUACUGGAAUCCUGCUGCUACUAUGGAGAAAGAAAACUAUGUUGAAAGUGUACUGCGGAAGAGUGCUCCACGUAUACGGUAUCUUCUGUCGAGUCAUCAGAUUCUAGGAAACGUACCCCCAAUAGUAUUUAUAAAAGACAAAAAAGCUGCAGCUGUUAAAGAGGUUGAGGAAUUAUUGUCAAUUGCUGAUUUUGGCCCUCCAGAAGAACUGGAAACAUUAUCUCAAAAUGAUUCGAGUAAACCACUCUCUUCAGAGGUUCAAUCUUCAGAUCCACCUAUGCGGUCUAAUCUUUUUGGCAUUGAUCAUGAACUGUUGAAUAAGCAGAUAAUGGACUACAAAAGACUGAAAGCGUCAAGAGAUAUAGAAAGCAUUGCCUGGACAGAAGAGCAAGAGCAGCAGCUUUCUAAGAUUCGAAAGAAAAUGAGAAAGAAAAAAACAUGGAAUCCUCCUGAUGAUGACAUUACACCACAGAAAUACUUGCUGGACAGAUACGAAGCUGAUUACUGGGAUGGUAACACUGAAUCAGUCUUGGACUAUGAGCUGGAGGAUGAAUUACAGGAAGAGGUAAACGAACUGGAGGCAGAUGAUGGCAAAACUCUAAGUCAGCCUGCUGAUAAACUGAAAUGA